AUGGCCUCGCCGUUCCUUUCGUCGCAGCCCAUCGCCCAGGAGGGCUCGCUCGCCAUCCUCCAUCUGCGCCGCAGUCUCCUCACAGCCACCACCCUCAGCGCGCACGACGACGAGAACCUGGGCUACAAGGAGGGAAAAGUGACCAACACGCGAUACGGCUCUUUUCCACACAGCACUUUGAUCAAUAAGCCAUGGGGCUCGCAGAUCAUCGCGUCGAAGGUCGAUACGGGCUCCAGAGGCCGGAAGCCUAGGGCUGAAAAUGCCCAGCAGUCGUUGAAGAGAAAGCUGGAGGAAGUUGAAGUCUCGGAUGCGGUCGAUGGGUCGAAUACGCCUGAUGCGAUUGCGACAACAAGCGGCUUUGUUCAUCUGCUACGGCCUACGCCUGAAUCGUGGACAUCGUCGUUGCCGCAUCGGACCCAGGUGGUCUACACGGCCGACUACAGCUACAUUCUCCACCGUCUCCGCGCGCGCCCUGGCAGCUCCAUAAUUGAAGCUGGAGCUGGAAGCGGAUCUUUCACGCACGCGGCAGCCAGAGCCGUCUUUAAUGGCUAUCCAUGUGAAACCCAUGAUUCUAAAAGAAGGCGGGUUGGCCAGGUUUCCAGCUUCGAAUUCCACGACACACGGGCACAAAAGGUCCGGGAAGAGAUCAGGAGCCACGGUUUAGAAGGGAUCGUUCGCGUGAACCAUCGAGACGUUUACAAUGACGGAUUUCUCUUGGGGCCACCUUGGAACGGUGUAUCGCCCAAAGCACAAGCUAUUUUUCUUGACUUGCCUGCCCCGUGGCUGGCUCUCAAACAUCUUGUUCGAGACCCUCCUAAUGGUGCCGAGUCUCCAUUAGAUCCGUCGUCACCGGUAUAUAUAUGUACCUUCUCACCGUGUCUGGAGCAGGUUCAGCAAACUAUAAGCGCCUUGCGGCAGCACUCGUGGCUCUCCAUAUCCAUGGUCGAAGUAAUUCACCGUAACAUUGAAGUACGGAGAGAAAUACAUGGUGUCGAGUGCGAUGGCGGUAUCCGCGGCUCCAUUCCUGGCCCACGGAACGUCGAAGAGGCUCUUUCCAAGCUUCGAUCAGAGGAGCAGGCAAAAUCCAUGCGCGAAGCAUAUCGCGAGAACCAACUGCCCAGCGAAACAGACGGCGCCAACCAACUGAAAGACGGCAACGGCGGAGGAGGUAUUGCAGCAAUACGAACAAAGUCUGCCACUCCCGCCUCUAACGUUCUUCGGUCCCAGUCCGAAGACCAGGGGCCUCCGCCGUUCUUCAAACAAGGCCGCGUGGUCCACCGAUCCGAACCAGAGCUCAAAACCCACACUUCCUACCUGGUCUUCGCAGUUCUACCCUGCACCUGGUCUGAUGACGACGAACAGCAGUGCAGAGAAAAUUGGCCGUCGGCACGGUGUGAGGCCCCACGGGAGAAUACGAAAAAAAGCAAGAAGCAAAUGAAGCGCGAAGCUAGAGCUGAAGCUGCAAAGGCGCGGGCAGAAAACGGGCUCAAGACAUAG